UUUAUUUCCAUUGCGUUUUGUUUUUCCUUGAUCCAGAUUAUCCCAGAUGACAUGAAAAUGGAAUAUGAAAUGAAGGGCUGGGUCAAUGGCCAUGAGUUUACCAUCGAAGGUGAAGGCAACGGAAAACCUUACGAGUAAGUAUCUGUUAAACAGAUCAGCAUAGAUUUACACAAAACAAAAAUAGUUAUUUUUUUACCACAGCUAAAAAUAUUAAACUAAAAGUGAAGUCAGAUUGAAAUUCCUAAAACAAAUAUUGAAAGACAUUUGAUGGAGGGUAAGUGGAAAUGGUCCACUCAAUAAACAAAGAAGUUUCCAAGAUCCUCAAUAAGAUACAAAUUAGACUGGGAAACUGAAGAAAUGAGAGUUAUGAUGAGCUUACAUCCAUCACAAGAUGGCUGAUGACUCAUUCGCAUCCUUGAAAUGGGCCAUGAUGCGGCAAAGGUCAUGUGAAAGAUAACUAAAUUCAUGUAUUCAAAAUUCCACCUAGGAUCCAUAAUAAUGCGAAUAAUCCGGAGGUUAGAUGCAAAUUCUCGGUACUCGUCAAAUUUCGUUUCUUUAGAAUUAUGGGUCAAUUGUAUUUGUUGAAGUUUCCAACUAUUUUUUUUACUUAUUUUAGGGGGAAACAGACGGCCAAUUUUAAAGUCAUCACAGGGGCACCACUUCCAUUCUCCUUUGACAUACUGUCGUCAGCGUUUCAAUAUGGAAAUAGAUGCUUCACUAAGUAUCCUGAGGGCAUGCCAGACUAUUUCAAACAAGCAUUUCCUGCUGGAAUGUCGUAUGAAAGGACAUUUACAUUUGAGGAUGGAGGAGUUGCUACAGCCAGUGGACACAUUAGGUAUGUAAUGAAUUACAAAUGCGGUUAACCCUGUUCAACCUUUUUAUCGCUAUUUUCUAUUUGUAUAUGAAUCUUUUACUUGUACUGUAUUGUUGGGAAAGAUUUGAGAGAAGUAAGCUAGAACAUAUAUAGAUAUGAUAACAGUCGCAUUAAGAGCCAUUGGAAACUAAGAGUCCAUCGUUUCAUCAGGCUGAAUUGUUCGUGAGUGGCUGCAGCCUUUAAAGCCAUUUGGUCUUAAUUUUUGAAAAGUGAAAGGUAGAUCAAAGGAAUAUUUUAAAGAUGUAGUUUAUGAGCAGUUUUUCCGUUAUAAGUGACAAACGCCUUCUUAGAGUAUGCCUCGUUUUAAGAUUUAUUAUCACGACAUGGAUUAUAUGCUUUGCUUCUUUGCACCUCACAGCCUCGUAGGCAACUGCUUCAAGCACAAGUCUAUUUUUCAUGGCGUAAACUUUCCCGCAGACGGACCUGUCAUGAAAAAGGAGACAACUGGCUGGGACCCGUCCUUUGAGAAAAUGACUGUCUGUAAUGGCUCUCUGAGGGGUGACGUCACUAUGUUCCUCCUACUCAAAAAUGGAGGCUAUCACAGAUGCCACUUCAAUACAACUUACAAGUAAGGUUUUUCGUUGUUAGAACACCUCCCAGAUGUUACGUUAAUUGGCAUUCUCUCAAUAAUUUUCUGGGCUCACUUUCACAGAGCACAUCGACAGACAUAGCCAUUUAGAAGGACAUUUCAUCGCUUUCAUGUUCAGUGAACUCUCUAGGAUGUGGGCGAAAUCAUUAUACAGAAGUUUAAAAAUAACACCACUUUAGUAACAUGGUGCAUUGAUUAAGCUGGAUGGAAAACAUAGCUCUUAGCUAAACUGAGCUAAGCCCAACUAAUCCCCAUUAAAUUUAUUCUUGGUUAGAAGACGACACUACAAACUCUGACCCAGAUAACAUUUGUGUCUUAAGUUGUGGAAUCUAAAUUUUUUUAUCCUGAGAGGAAAACUGCUGUAAAUAGUAGUUAACUUCAACUGGUAAAUAUUUUUUUAAAGUCAAAAUCUUUAUAACCUUUCUCCUACCUGGAAAGUAGUCAACAACUCACGGUAUUCUCCAAGUCUAGUGAUUUUUUAUCCCAUUCCUCUCUUAACAAUCAACCAACACUCAGCAGUUGAAGAAGUCCAUCGCUCAAAGUUGAGAACAUAAUGUAAUUCUUAAAGAAAUUAACCAAAUUGUUCCCUUACUUUGCAUUUUACAGAACAAAGGAGCCGGUCUCAUUACCACCCAACCAUUGUGUGGAACAUCGUAUUGUGAGAACUGACCUUGACAAGGAGGGCAACCUUGUUAAGCUUGAGGAAGAUGCUGUUGCACAUGUUAACCCAUUGUAA